CUUUUAUUUUCUGUUUAUAUAUAAAUUAUUUGUAUAGCACACCUGUUUCAAACCUCGCUGAUAUUUUUCUCCAUGGGAAUGAGUGGAAGGUCCUCCUCCUCCUCCUCUAUGCGGAUUUUAAUUGCGGCUUUUAUUGUUAUUAGCUUAUCCCCUAAAACCAUUUGUAACGCCGCCCAGCAAACGUGUACCCCUUCUUCCUGCGGCCAUAUCCGCAAUAUAAGCUACCCUUUUCGACUAAAAGGUGAUCCGCGCCACUGCGGCGAUUCACGCUUCACCCUUUCUUGCGAGAACAAUAUUACCAUACUAAGCAUAAGUUUAUCUGGCGAGUACUAUGUACGGGCAAUCAACUACCAUAAUCAAACAAUCCGAGUCGUUGAUCCGGGCAUUGACAAGAGCAAUUGCUCCUCCCUUCCUCGUCAUUCUUUGGGUUAUUCUAUGUUUACCGAUCCGUAUGAUAUAUACAACCCCGACGUCGAAAAUUGUACUGGUUAUGAAGCAGAUGCGAAAAACAAAAGAUUUACGGAUGCAUCAUCAUCGCCACCAAUCUGCUCAAGAACAAUAGCUUUAACGUUUUUGAAGUGCGGGAGUCCAGUGAAUUCAUCUCAAUCUCUGUCCGUGGUCGACACUGCUCUAUGUUAUCCUGUUGAAUCUACUUCGACUUCUUCUUUGUCAUGGUCGUCGUCCGCAUCCCCCCAACCAAAAACUUAUGGCUAUGUCGUGAUUGGACCGUUUCGUGUAUGGGAGUUGAAUGAAGGUUGCAGCAUAGAGCGAGUGACUUUCGCCUACUUGUCCGACGACUACGACGCUUCUUAUAAAUCCAUACACAAUUCUCUGGUAUAUGGCUUUGAGCUUAACUAUACGGUCUAUUCCUCUCGUGACUCCCAUUGCGGAGGAGCCCAGUGGAGAUACAGUGUUAGAUGGAACAAUGUUCAAUGUUAUCCUCACAGCGUUGGAGGUUUGUUUCGACUUCUAUGGGCUGGGAUUCAAGUUUCAAGGUAAGAGAUCUAUAUAUGAGUGCUUAUAUGACAUUUGAUAGAUAAAAUUUAACUUUAGAGGACAUACAAAAUUAACAUGUUUGUUAAUCCUCUCUAAUAAUAGUGUAAUAAUAGUGUGUCCUAUCAUUUCAUGUGAGUCUCAUCUGUAUUAAAGUGUGUAAGCAAAUAUAUCAAUUUUGUUGUGAAUUAAGAAUUAAUUUGUAUGUUAGAUUAAUGGUUUAAUUCCAUAAUUUCUAGGUCACUCUAUCGAAAAAAUAAUAAAUUUUACCGGAUUACCAUAGAAAAUUAUAUGAUAUCAGUGCAUGUCCCUGCAUCCUAGAUUGAUUCUUGCAUAGAUGGGGCUAGUGAGUUAUGAUCGUGUAGGAUGAAAAUUUGUUUCAAGACGCAUAUAGUUCAUUUUUUUAUACUUUCUUCACCCACACAACUGUGUACAAAGCAGAGAAGUGAAUAACUGGAUACAAUAAAGUAUUGCCUUAUAUACCUUAUUGUUUGUCUAAGUUAUAACACACAGAAACAAAAUCUCCAUCCCUUUUGUAAAUAAAGCUUUCAUGUCCACCCACCAACGCUAUUUACACCUACUUUUUAAUUAAAAUUACAUAUUUAACCUGUGUAAAAUGACUUUUGUGACCCCAAUAAAAAUUAAUUUUAUUUUGUAUUUUGUAGCUAAAAGAAUAAAUGAAACUAAACAACAAC